UGUUGAUCUCCACUCGUGCUUACUGCAUUUUGUGCUGCCGUGUCAGCAAAGGCUGUUCCCACGUUAGGCAUGGGGGUGGGCAGGGGACGAAAAGAAGACAUCUCUCAAGAGGCGCACCUGCUUCUCCCUGUCAAAUGUUGAAAGGUAACUGGAGCUCAUUGGGGCUCUGCAACGACCGUGUAUCAUCGCAUGACAGCGGACGACCCAUUUCCAAAGAUGACCGUCUCCUUUUGCAAAAUGAACAGCCGCAGAUCCGCCGCACCCUCCGUCAAAGAGUUGGAGCAUGUGAUGGACAGCUGCAGGAUGGAAUUAAAUGAGAUAGAUGAAGUGUGGCCCAAUCUUUAUAUAGGCAACAUCACAGCGGCACACAACAAGGAAGAGCUAAGGAAACGGGGUAUCACUCACAUACUGAAUGCAGCACACACUGCCUGGGGAAGCAAAGGAAACCAAACGUUCUACGGAACUGAGUUCCAUUACUACGGAAUAGCAGCAGAAGACUCCCCAGACUUUGACAUCAGCGUACAUUUCCGCCCUGCCUCCGAAUUCAUCACCAAAGCCCUAAGUGUACCAAACGGAAAGAUCUUGGUCCACUGCAUUCUAGGCAGAAGCAGAUCAGCAGCCCUGGUUCUGGCUUACCUCAUGAUCUGUCAGAAUUUCUCCCUGGCUGACGCCGUCAGAAAAGUCCUACAGAAUCGAGCCAUCUCCCCAAACCGAGGGUUCCUGAAACAGCUGCAAGACUUAGAUCUGGAGCUACGGUACAAGAUCAGGCUGUGUCAGCUCCUGUAACAUGAAGAAGAAAGCGAAACGGCAAAGUGACGACAUCUGACAGAGAAUUUGGCUUUUGCUGCCAAUCUGAGCAAUUAAGCUUGAGGCUGUGUUAUUUAUCUUGACAGGAAUUUUGAAUGCUUAGUUUGGAAGCAGACCUUGACAUCUAGAA